AUGACGAAGAAAAAACAGCUUUCACAACAGAUCUGGGGACCUAUUGCUACAAAAAGAUGCCUUUUGGUUUAUGUGGAUGACAUAGUAGUGAAAUCUAAGGGGAUCGAGGAUCACGCACAGGAUUUGGCAGAAACUUUUGAAAAGCUGAAGGGUUUUAACCUCAAGCUGAAUCCAGAAAAGUGUGUUUUCGCAGUCCGCUCUGGGAAAUUUCUAGGGCACCUCAUCUCGGAGAAAGGCAUCGAGGCCAACCCGGAGAAAAUCGAGGCAGUAAUGAACAUGAAAGCACCAAGCUCGGUGAAAGAAUGGACAGAGGAGUGUAACACAGCUUUUGAAGAGCUGAAGGUUUACCUCAGCACACCCCCGGUGCUAGGUAGACCUGAGCAUGGGGAAAUCUUAUACUUGUAUCUCUCGGUGAAUGACAAGACAGCAGCGGCAGUCCUGGUGAAGGAGGAUAAAGGUCUGCAAACCCCAGUUUACUAUCUCAGCAGGGUCUUGAAAGGCCCGGAGGUGGCGGCGGAAAAGCUAAGGAGAUAUUUCGAGGCUCACAUCAUUGUAGUACGUACGAACCAACCUCUGAGAAAGGCGCUGCAGAGGCCAGAGAUAUCGGGACGGCUGGUCAGCUGGUCGGUCCAGCUGGGAGGAUAUGACAUCCGUUAUGAACCAAGACCGGCUCUGAAAGCACAAGUAUUGGCAGAUUUCAUAGCCGAGACCACAGCAAGCGACCAACCUGAAGAACCUGAUGAACAACUUCUACGGUGGGUCUUAGAAGUCGACGGGGCAUCGAAUCUGGAAGGAUCCGGGGCAGGCGUAGUCUUGAAAGGCCCUCACGGAGUCACACUCCGAAGCUCGGUAAAAUUCGAUUUCCCGGCAUCCAACAAUGCCGCGGAAUAUGAGGCUCUGUUGAUCGGAUUGAGAAUGCAUUCCAGUAUUGACAACCAUGAAACCAUUUUUCUAACUCAGCCGUUGGAAAAUUGGAUGCAAGGUAUAGCCCACUACCUGAUGGAUGGAACUCUGCCAGAAAACAGAGAUAAAGCCUACAAAAUCUUGCGACAAGCUCCGUACUACGCGUUCCUCGACGGAGUCUUGUACAGAAAGUCAUUCACCCACCCCUGGUCGAGAUGCUUGACGGCAGAAGAAGGGGAGUAUGUGUUGAGAGAAAUACAUGAAGGUAUUUGCGGGGCACACAUAGCUCCUCGCAUGUUAGCAAAGAAAGCAGUGUUGCAAGGCUACUACUGGCCCCUAAUGGUCAGACAAGCAGAGGAGAUAAAAAAGUUCUUGAUAGUAGCAGUAGAUCACUUUACUAAGUGGCUCGAGGUAGAGGCAGUGAGCACCAUCACAGAAGCUCGGAUCCGGGAUUUCUUCUGGAGGCAAAUUGUGUGUCGUUUCGGUAUACCCAGAGCGUUGGUAACUGAUAACGGAAAGCAGUUCAACUGCCGAGCCUUCAAGGAAUUUUGCAACGACUUGCACAUUGACCUGCGUUUCACUUCAGUAGUUCACCCGCAGAGCAAUGGGAUGACCGAAGUAACCAACCGGACGAUCCUAAAAGGGCUCAAGGCCAGGCUAGGGGAGUUCGAUAGACAGUGGCUGGAAGAGCUACCGAAGUUCUUCGAUGAGGCUAAGAAUGAGGAAGAACAGAAAUUAUGCUUAGACCUGCUGGAAGAGCGAAGAGAGCAGGCAGCGCUAAGAAUCGAAGCAUACAAGCAAAGAAUGGCUAAGUAUCAAAACCAGAGAGUUAAACCCUUGAGUUUCCAAGUCGGCGAUCUGGUCCUACGGCGGACAGACAUUGCUAAGGGAAAUGCUGGAGUGGGAAAGCUCGAACCUAACUGGGAAGGCCCCUAUCGAGUUAUCCACACCGAGCAACUUGAUCAAGCUCGAUCUAUGAACAACCAAGAAUCUACCCUAGCAUUUUUUAUCCCAAGUCUGAGUCAAGAGCCCAAGUAUAAAAACAACAUAGAAACUAGAAAAUUUACACUACUGGAACCAGCUCGGAAACUAAGCUAA